AUGACCCUCGCCGACUAUCUCGCAAAGAACUACCUCUCCGCCGACUCGUCCAGGACGUCCAAAAAGCGCAAGCGAAAAGACGCCGCGAAAGCAGAAGGGCUCAUCAUCGCCGAUGACAAUGUAAAUACCUGGACAAGCAACGCUGCAGAGAAUGGCGAAGAAGAUGAAGACGCUCCUACAAUAGUAGGCGGCACGUUAUCGGGAGGCCUGAACAAACCUACCAAGAAAUCAAAAUGGGUGCGAAUAGGCGCCGAAGCACCUAAGGAUGCAGAACAAGCGGCCGCGGAUGCGAUUUUGGCCGAUGCUGCUGCGGAGUCGACUGCGAGGGCGCAGCGGGAGGAAGAUGAUCCUGCGGUAGUUGGCGAGGAUGGCGAGGAGUAUUCGGGACCAACGAUGGCUUCGGGAGCUAUGGCUGGGUUGCAGAGUGCGGAGCAAGUGUCCAAGGCGCUGAGGAGGAAGGAAAAAGAAGAGCGGAAAGCGAUGAAAGCUGCGGGGCUGGAUAUGGGUGGUCUUGCUCAGCAGACGAUAUACCGUGAUGCAUCUGGACGAAUGAUCAACGUGAAAGAGAAGCGGGAAGAAGCUGAAGCGAAAGCGAAGGAGGAAGAGAGGAAGGCUAGGGAGGAAGAGGAGAGUCGGAAGGGUGACGUGCAAAGGAGAGAGAAAGAGGAGAGAAGGCGGGAUCUAGAGGAUGCGAAGGUCAUGACGGUUGCCAGACAUGCGGACGACAAGAAGAUGAAUGACGAGCUAAAGGAGCGGGAGAGGUGGAAUGAUCCCAUGGCGCAGUUGUUGGCGACCAAGAAGACUCCGAAAGCGGGGAAGAGCAAAGCGAGCAGCAAGUCAUAUCAAGGAGGCUUCGAGCCAAACCGGUAUGGCAUACGUCCAGGCUGGAGAUGGGACGGAGUGGAUCGAAGCAAUGGAUUUGAGAGAAAGUGGUUCUCCGCUAGGAACAAACAACGAGAUCGCGAAGCGCUGGAGUACGCAUGGCAAUUGGAUGAGUGA